GCGCCACGAUGAGAAUUUCGCAGUGGCCUGCGUUGGCUGAGUGCGUGCCGUGAGAAGCGGAGAUCGAGCGAAAAUCGCGAACGUCAGCUUCGUCGGAGCGAUGUAAGAGGCUCUGUAAAACGCACGCACGAUCCGCGCGGCGGUUGCACGGAAGCCCACGUUUACGCUCUACGUGCGAGAUCCUACGUGAGAGAGAUUCGGGUCGGCCUGGGUGAAGAGAAAAAAAAGGGGAUUCGCGAUCGUGACUCACUUCCGCCGUCCACGUCACCGCUGUUGGUGAAAAUCGUGGUUCGCUCGCUCGCUACGCGACAAAAGUCUGGUGUGGCAUCGUCGGGGGGCACCGCCUGGAUCCGCGCGCGCGUCACGUUGCUGCCCGUCCAAUCCUCCGUCGCUGCCCGUGCCCGUCUCGCUGGGAAGGAGCAUCCGACGAUGGCGUCUUACUCCGAGGAUCAGCUGGCCGAAUUCCAAGAGGCAUUUCAGUUGUUUGACAGCCGCGGGGACGGCAAGAUCCACGUAUCCCAGAUCGGUGAUGCGUUACGUGCUCUUGGUCAAAAUCCGACCGAGUCGGACGUGAAGAAGUUCACCCAUCAGCAUAAGCCGGACGAGCGUAUCAGCUUCGAGGUGUUUCUACCUAUCUACCAGGCGAUCAGCAAGUCCCGUACCUCCGACACGGCGGACGAUUUUAUCGAGGGCCUGCGUCACUUUGACAAGGAUGGAAACGGUUUCAUAUCUUCUGCAGAGUUGCGACACCUUCUGACGACGCUCGGUGAGAAGCUCAGUGACGAGGAAGUGGAAACGUUAUUGGCGGGUCACGAAGAUUCACAGGGUAAUAUCAACUAUGAAGAUUUUGUCCGCCAGGUUAUGUGCGGCUAAGCCCAACUACUUAAUCGCACAUGAGAGAGUAUUAUUAUUAUUACCGUUUACUUUGCCAUUUAUCCAUCGAAUCUGUUGAAGCGUUUUUACUUUUGAAGUAUCAUAUCAUAGCAUGUGUACCUAUGGCGAUUUAUCUCGGAGGGAACCUUAACGCGAACACUAUUUUAUUACGUACUAUGGGAAGGAAGGUUAGUCCCUUUUAAUAUUAAGAGUCUAAAUUAGUUAAACAAUGGUAGGUAAAGAACAAUCUAGCGCAUUGUGCCUUGACGUAUACUCCGAUUUACGAGCAUUUAGUGAUAUCGAUAGUAAGACAUACAACCUGUUGUGCGAUCUUCAGCGAGAUAUCUGAAUUUCCGCGGACAUUCCAAAAUUUUUGUAAGAUAGAGAACCGAGGAUGUGUUUAAGGCCGCCUGUGUCGAGGGCGAGGGCCGAGCAUUUUUUAUUUACGCCGACACUUAAUGGCCAUUGUACUUUUCUCUCUCUUCUCCCGCCCCCCUCAUCGAGUUCAAUAUAAUAUCCUCUGUGUAGUUAAAAAAAAAAAAUGUAUGUUCGAGAAUCUUCCAUCUACCUGUUAUAUGCCGUAGAGAAAAAGUGCGCAGAGAGUAUCCACUUUAUUUAUUUAUGCAUGAGCGUAUUUAUGUCUUCGAAAUGCGCAAGAAAAAGAUUAUUGUACAUUGCAAUGAAUAAUAAUAAAAAAAAAGGAAUUGAAAAGUU